GUCGUUUUGAAAUGCAUGGGAUCUACGUGCAGAACAGUCUUCAGGGAUCAGAUGAACAUCGCCAAUAUCUGAGUAGGCGCUGCUUUGUGGACACAUUAGACUAGGAAUAUUCGCCCAUUUUUCGUGUUAAAUUAAAUGCAACAAAUAUUGAAGCAACACACGUCAAUAAGGAUGUUAAUGACAAGAAAAUUCUUCGUGAACAGGGAGCAGAUGUGUUAAACAGAGAAGAAAAUUUCGAUUCUUGCGAGAUUUGUAAGAAGUCAUUGUCUCCUGGGAAUAAUUUGUUGGGACAUGCAAAUGGAAGUAACAGAGAAACAAUGUCUCGUUUUGAAAUGUGUGGCACAUCGUUAACUCCUAAGCGUAGUGCAUUAAAAGGAUCAAAGUGUCGCAGUGAGUCUUUUUCUUGCGAAGAUAGCAAGAAGAAGUUAACAAGUCGCUAUAAUUUGUACAACCAUACUGCAGAACGGCCAUUUUCUUUCGAAGUGGGUAAGGAAACGUUCGCCCAGCGAUCUAACCUAAACAAACAUUUAAGAAUUCACAAUGGAGAACGGCCUCUUUCGUGCAAAGUGUGUAAGAAAUCGUUCGCCCAGCGCUCUAACCUAAACACACAUCUCAGAGUUCACAGUGGAGAACGGCCUUUUUCGUGCAAAGUGUGUAAGAAAUCGUUCGCCCAUCGAUCUAACCUAAACAAACAUUUAAGAAUUCACAAUGGAGAACGGCCUCUUUCGUGCAAAGUGUGUAAGAAAUCGUUCUCCCAGCGCUCUAACCUAAACACACAUUUCAGAGUUCACAGUGGAGAACGACCAUUUUCUUGCGAAGUGUGUGAGAAAACUUUCACACAUAGCUCUAUCCUGAAGAAUCAUCUGAGGGUGCACAGUGGAGAACGGCCUUUUUCGUGCAAAGUGUGCAAGAAAACUUUCGCACAUGGAUAUACACUAAACAGGCAUCUCAGGACACACAGAGGAGAGCGACCGUUCUCGUGCGAUGUAUGUAAGAAACGGUUCACUCAGCUUACUCACCUAAACAGGCAUCACAGAAUACACAGUGGAGAAAGACCAUUUUCUUGCGAAGUGUGUGAGAAAACUUUCACUCAGCUCUCUAGCCUGAAGAAUCAUCUGAUGGUGCACAAUGGAGAACGUCCAUUUUCUUGCGAAGUGUGUAAGAAAACUUUCGCACAGAAAUCUACAUUAAAUAGGCAUCUCAGAGUACACACUGGAGAGCGACCGUUCUCGUGCGAUGUGUGUAAGAAACGGUUCAUUCAGCUCCAUAACCUAAACAUACAUCUCAGGAUACACAAUGGAGUAAGACCCUUUCCUUGCGAAGGUUAUAAGAAAACUUUCGCUAAUAGAUAUAUCCUGAAGAAACAUCUUAGAGUGCACAGUGGAUAACGGCAUAUUUCGUGAAAAUUGUGAAAGAAAAAGUUUACUAGCCGCCUCGUUCUGAAUAUGCAUCUCAAAUCACACAGUGCAGAACAAGCAUGAUCGUGAGAUAUGGAAGGGAAUGUUCACUCCUGGCAAGAAAAUAAAUGCGUCACAUGGAAUAUCAUGAGAGAGAACGUUUUCGUGUAAUGUAUGCAAGGAAUCAUUAAUUCAAAGUGACAGUGCGAGUAUACAGAUACGUUCUGAAUUAUUCUAUUUAAAUAUUAUAUUUUACUUCAAGAAUUUAUCUGGUUACAGCACCUGAACCUUUUACUGUGUGAUAUAUUUUGGAGCCAGACUUUCACCAUUCACCUUCAUAAUUUCCUUGAUUAAGAUUCGUUUUAGUAACAUACGUUCAUUCUUUCGUAUUAUUAUAAGUUGUAUUAAUCUCUUAGAAAUUUUGUUUGACAGUAUUACAGUAGUAUUCAUACAUCAAUCUUCUCUCUUCAUUGUAUGAAGAUGUGUUCAGGAUUUGAUUUCACAUUUUAAUAUUUUCUGUUGACUUCAUUGGUUUUUUACAAUUAACUUCUUUACGUGCAUGAACGCAAUAUUGUUUAUUGGAAGCCUGAUUAGUAUAUUAGGUUCAUGAAAUAAAAUUUGUUAAUAAUAUAGUAGU